UUGAUAACAAAUGUUUUAUUUUGUAAUAAAAACUAUAAAAAUAAUUGUCAAACCUAUCAAAUAUGGAAUAUCAUCCCUUAUUGGUGCUUUGCAUAAUGGAAGUCAUAAAUGGAAAGUGAAAAACUAUGUAUUGAGCUAUUUAAGUGGAAUCUUCUUAGCAAUAGUAUUUUGGAAGACUUUUAUUCAGACACUAGGAUUUCCAAUUGACUUCACUUAUGGAUUACUACUAUUCCUUGUUAUCAUUCUAGGUUUAGGCUUUGUAUUUACUACAGCUAUCAAAUGUAUAACAGUUCUGGCAUGUGUUGGAUUGUUAGGUAAGACAGGGAGGAGCUUCCUUCGAGCUUUAUGUAUGACUUAUAUUAUAUCAGGACCAUUAUCAAAUCUGGCAUUCAAUGGUCAAGAAACAGUUCGAGUGUUUGCUUGCACAACAGUGUUAACCUACAAUCUUACGAAAACACGAUUUGACCUAAUGAGUAAACCUUUUCAAAACACUCUUGCAGCCAUGAAAGAUGAAAUGGCUGAUAUAAGAAAAAAUUUCGAAAACAUCGAAGAAGUCUUACAGCCUAUCAAAGAUGAAAUUGAUGAUGAAAAUCAGAACAAUUCCUCAAACGUCAACCCUAUUGUAGAAAGAUUUAUUCGUCAAGAUAUUUUACCAGCUUUAUCAUUUGCUGAUCCAACCAAUCAAACUGAAAGACUAUCAAAAGCUCAAGCUAUCAAAGACAAAUAUUCAAAAAAGAUGCAACUGCGAUGUAGAGAACAAUUGGAGAAGGGUGAGAACCGUUGUAAGAAUGCAUUUUCCAGUGCUCAUGAAAAGUGUAUGGAAAGGUUGCCAGUUGUGGUUGAUACACUCCUAUGUUGGCCACUACGAAUUGAUUUUGUUUGUAAUAUGGAACUUUUGGGAUAUCAAGAAACUGGAGGAAUUUGUGAUCCGAGCGGUGUUAUUGAUCCAAAACUGGGUGAAAAUAUGAUUAAUUUGAAAGAAACCGAACAUGAUCUUUUUCAAAAUGUAACUGAUGCUGGAAUUUCAUUCGAAGUUGUCAAAAUUCAGCAACCACCUCAGUUAAAAGCUGCAAAAGAAACAGCAAACAUUGUCAUGGAAGAAAUCACGGCAAAGAAGAAAUCAUUUGAUUACAUUAUGUCUAUUAUGCAGAGAAUACUUUCAUUUGUAUUUUUAAGAGUUAUUCACUCUUCUAUAAUGUACCACAGGAACUAUUUACGAAGAAUCGAUUUCGAUAAUAUUUAUAUAAUGCCAUAUUUCAAGAGAAUCGAUCAACGGCGAGGAGAACGUAAUCAACACACUUUGCUGCCAUUAAAAAAAUUCCAACGUAAUUUUUUAGUCGAUACUGAAAAACCCUGUAAUCAUUCCAAAGAUGAAUCAAGAGCUAUGACAUUUCUGUUUUUGCAAUUUAUUCUUGAAAUAUUUGUAUCAGGAUUAUUUUUGCUCCUUGACCACAUGAUAGUUGUACUAUUGAAAAUUGUUGCUUCGAAGUCCGAAAUCACUUAUUAUCAAGAAGGUGAACAUAUAAUUUCAUUUUCUAUUAAUGGAACUGGACUCAUGGCCCGUCUUAUGCGAACAACAUUAAAAAAUUUCAAUAUGCAUGAACGUGUUUCUACAUUUUUGACAAAUAAACCAUGUUUACCGCAACCAUCGGCUUUGCCAAAGAGAUUCUAUUUGACGUUACUUGGAUUAUAUUUAGCAACAUUGCUUCUAAUUUAUUACAGUACGCUAACUAUGCGUUCUAGAAUGUACAUUUGUGGUUUUUUCUAUCGCAAAAGAGAAAAGCAAAGAACUCUACAUCUCUACAAUAAAAUGUUAAAGAAUCGUAAAAUUCUGUUCGAAACUAUGUAUCGCAAGGUAAAAGAUGAUUUGGAGGCGAAAAAACUCAAGAUGAACUUAAAUUUGUUGUUGCGGCUGCGUUUUAAAUACCCAAAAUAUUUUAGUUGGCUUCGAUGGUUCAAUAUCACCCGACGGAAUUGUUUAAUAUGUGGUGAACGGGAACCAAGAAAUGCUGCAAAUACUUUGUUAGUUCAGUUUGUAGAAUGUACAACUUCAGACUGCAAUUUUACUUAUUGCGAAGAAUGUUGGCUUGAUAUUGGAGAAGUAUGUGUUGCAUGUCAGAGUGGAGAAAAAGUUUUAAGAUGCUGCAAUUAAAAUUAUGUUUAUUUAAUACACUUUAUUUAUGUGGAUUAUAAUUUAUAUUUAUAAAAAUGUAUUUUAUAUCAAAAAUAAAACUUUUGUACAUUUUUUUUGUAUGAUAUU